UAUGAGUAGUUUCAGAUUAUUUUAGAUUCAUGGCAACACGGCACUUGUAUGAUUGUGUGCGAGGGCUCGCAACUUCGCGCUCGCUCGCAGUUUCUCGUCCAGUCCGCUUUUUGCAUUUCGACCGCCUGCUUGUGUUUUCUGCUGAAGGAAUUUUCCGCUAAAGGGAGCACCAAGAGAAUCGACCCACCAGAGGCGACAGCUGCUGUAGAAAAGUCUUAGCCAUAACAAUUUCCCAGCAGCAAAUCACACUCAAACAAACACAAUGGCCGAGGGUGAUAUGCCAACGUUCAAGUGCGUUCUGGUCGGCGAUGGUGGUACCGGAAAGACGACCUUCGUGAAGCGACACAUGACCGGUGAGUUCGAGAAGAAGUACGUCGCCACGCUCGGUGUGGAGGUGCAUCCGCUUGUGUUCCACACGAACCGCGGUGCCAUCCGGUUUAACGUUUGGGACACGGCCGGUCAGGAAAAGUUUGGCGGACUGCGAGACGGAUACUACAUUCAGGGACAGUGCGCCAUCAUCAUGUUCGAUGUGACGUCCCGAGUUACGUACAAAAACGUCCCCAACUGGCACAGAGAUUUGGUGCGUGUGUGCGAGAACAUCCCGAUCGUGCUCUGCGGUAACAAAGUGGACAUAAAGGAUCGCAAAGUGAAAGCCAAGGCCAUCGUGUUCCAUCGGAAGAAGAACCUCCAGUACUACGACAUCUCCGCCAAGUCCAACUACAACUUCGAGAAGCCGUUCCUGUGGCUGGCCCGCAAGUUGGUCGGUGAUCCAAACCUGGAGUUCGUAGCCAUGCCCGCCCUGCUCCCGCCAGAGGUCAAGAUGGACAAGGACUGGCAGCAACAGAUCGAGAAGGAUUUGCAGGAAGCGCAAGCCACCGCACUACCGGACGAGGAUGAAGAUCUGUAAGGGAUCGCUCCCUUCAAUCGGUCGGUGUGGUUGUGUGCGAAUGUGCGCGCUGUUUCAUGUUUCCCCAAUUAUUCUCACUUCCACUCAAAUAGGGAGUGGAGCGAUUGAUCGUGUGCGUCUUAAUACUUCUUUAGGGUCACCAGAAAAAAAACAGGCGGUGUUUUAAGUUUGUUAAAAAAUCUGGAGACCGCCGACUGUGAAAGAUAGGGCUUAAAAAUAUGAUUGAGCGUACGCCCUUGUAGAACCAAAAAAACGUGAUGGCGGUAGUAUAAAAAUAUACAAAUCCAAAAAGGUACGAUUGACAUAACAAGAGGGAGAAAACUCAUAGCUGAUAUGUCUUAUCUUUCACAAUUUUGAAAUCAAGCCAUUAAUAGUUUUGUUGUAUCCCUCUUGUUCUAUUAAUCGUACCUUUUUGAGUUCGCAUAUUUUAUUCACAUAUAGCAGCUACUACCGUAAACUUUUUAUGCUUCUUCAAGUGCAUACUGUCAAUUAUUUUUAUUUUUCUAAGCACGUCAUUAUUAUCAUGAAGUAGAAGCUAGAUUUGUUGUACUGAAUUACAAGUAAGAUUGUUAUUGCAACAUGAAAACACUGCAUCGGUAAUGUGAAAACAAAAGUAAUUAAUGUAAAUUAAUUAAAUCAAAUAUAUUAUCUUUGGUAAAUUGUAAAAUCCCAGGAUUAUUAUUUUCGUUUGAACAGGAAGACAUUACGUUCCCAGUUUGAUAGAAGGCUGUAUAUUUUCAUUAUCACUUAAAAACUUCUUGUGUUUACUCUUGUGUGUUUUUGUUCUUUACCACAAAAUCCUAACAAACUAUGUAAAACGAAACGAGCACCGUCAACUAACUGCUAGUUUAUCAGUCCCUCUCUGAUCUAUGCGAACCGAUAGUAAUAGAAUGUAAAAACACGGUAUGAAUGCGUUUGAAUAAAAUUAACUUCUUUUAAACACUAA